GGGCGGUGUUACGUGGCAGCGCAUGCGCAACGUUGUCACCAAAGCUUCGGUUUCCUCGUUCCCUGCGCUGUUUAGCGGGUCACGUGAUCUCUGUAGCAGGGGCUCCUGUUAACGCAUGCGCAGUGCCCGGGACUAAAUGGUAGGUUCGUUCAUUCCUUCUGAAAAAAAAAUGAUUGACCUUUAUUUUAGGAUAUUUGUUAGGAGCAUGUUCUUCUAGUAAUAUUUAUUUUGAGUGCAGGUACUUACUAUCUACAAACAGAUAUUAUAUCCCAGAUUAUAUGUCCAUGGAGUUAUUAUAUCUCAGAUUAUAUGUCCAUGGAGUUAUUAUAUCUCAGAUUAUAUGUCCCUGGAAUUAUUAUAUCUCAGAUUAUAUGUCCAUGGAGUUAUUAUAUCUCAGAUUAUAUGUCCAUGGAGUUAUUAUAGCUCAGAUUAUAUGUCCAUGGAGUUAUUAUAGCUCAGAUUAUAUGUCCAUGGAGUUAUUAUAUCUCAGAUUAUAUGUCCAUGGAGUUAUUAUAGCUCAGAUUAUAUGUCCAUGGAGUUAUUAUAUCUCAGAUUAUAUGUCCAUGGAGUUAUUAUAUCUCAGAUUAUAUGUCCAUGGAGUUAUUAUAUCUCAGAUUAUAUGUCCCUGGAAUUAUUAUAUCUCAGAUUAUAUGUCCAUGGAGUUAUUAUAGCUCAGAUUAUAUGUCCAUGGAGUUAUUAUAUCUCAGAUUAUAUGUCCCUGGAGUUAUUAUAUCUCAGAUUAUAUGUCCAUGGAGUUAUUAUAGCUCAGAUUAUAUGUCCAUGGAAUUAUUAUAGCUCAGAUUAUAUGUCCAUGGAGUUAUUAUAGCUCAGAUUAUAUGUCCAUGGAGUUAUUAUAGCUCAGAGUAUAUGUCCAUGGAGUUAUUAUAUCCCAGAUUAUAUGUCCAUGGAGUUAUUAUAUCCCAGAUUAUAUGUCCAUGGAGUUAUUAUAGCUCAGAUUAUAUGUCCAUGGAGUUAGUGCUUUCCUGCCUUCAGUUCUGUUUUACACUAUUUGCACUUUUUAAGCAAAUAUAUAUAUGUAAAUAAUAUUAUUGGUAUUUACUUAUUCCGCAGUGCUUUACAAUAUUAUGAAUGGGGGGGUAGAUAUUUAACACUAAAUGAGACAUUUACAAAAUGUUACAGAAACAAUAGGUAGAUGAGGAUCCUGCUCAAGCAAGCUUACAGUCUAGAGGAGUGGAGUAUAAAAACAGUGUGGCUCUUUAAGAGACAGCAAGAGACCGAUAUGUGACAUAUAUGUUACUCUGGGAGGCCAUAAACAAUUCUGAACAGAUGGGUUUUGAGGGACUUCUUAAACAAUUAAAAAGUAGGGGAGAGUUUGAUAGGUUAGGCAGGGUGUUCCAAAGGAAACGAGCCACACGUGAAAAGUUCUGCAAGCGCAAAUUAGCAGUAGGUGUGUGAGCAGCGGACAGGAGAAGGUCACCAGUGGAGAGAUCCAGAAGGCACCUGCCUAUCUGUGAAGAAAUGUAACGGACUAGAGCUGUUUAGGGCUUUAUAGGUAAGGGUUAGUAUUUUGAAAUGACACCUAUAAGAUACAGGAAGUCAGUGUAAGGUUCGACAGAGGGGCGAGCUAUUGGAGGAGCGACAGGAAAUAAAGAUCAGUCUUGCAGCAGCAUUCAUUACUGAUUGUAGAAGGGCAGUUUGGGUUCUGGGGAGACCAACUAGGAGAGAGUUACAGCAAUCUCCAUGAGAGAUUACCAGAGCAUGAACAGGCUCCUUGACUGCAUCUUGCAUAAGAAAAGGGCUAAUGAGGGCAGUGUUUUUUAGGUGGAAUUGACAGGUUUUAGCAACAUACUGGAUAUGCAGCGCAUAAGGUCAGGCCAGAAUAACAACAAGCUUACAAGGAUGGACUAAUCCAACUUGCAGGGAAAGUGAAUGAGGAAGAUCAGCAUUUUGAGGAGGAAAAAUAAGAAGCUCUGUUUUUAGAGAGAUUGUUUCAGAAAGUGGGGGGGUCAUCCAAGCGGAGGUUGAAGGCAAGCGUUACGCGUUGUAGGACAGCGGGGGAGAAGACAGGGAAGGAGAGAUAUACAUCUGGGUGUCAUCGGCAUACGGGUGGUAGCAGAAUCCAAAGGAAUGAAUGAGUUUGCAGAGAGAGGCAGUAUAAAGAGAGAACAGAAGCAGGCUGAGAACAGAUCCUUGCGGACUCCAACUGAGACAGGACUUUGGGAUAAUUGUGUGCCCUUUGCUGGUAUUUAAUGAGCACUCCCAGUACCAUAAUGACUGCAGUGUGCCCUGUGGCCCUUUACCAUUGUAUGUAGUCAAGCUGUUUAAGAAGGUAACUGUUUGCGGUCUUUACUAUGAUGGAGACCUAGAGCUCCUAAGCAGGAGCUUCCAUUAGCUGUACUUUGCUAAACGGGCUCAUUUGCUGAGAUUGUCACCAGGUGGCUCUCAGCCAGUGAGCAAAGCCCUGCACUUUUAAACUUCGUGCACACAAUUUUUCGCUCUCUGUCUGAAGUAAUGGAGGCAGGGAGUGGUGGUCAUUCUAAAACAGUUUGCUUUCUUAAAAUUUAGUGGGCGUAUGGUCUUUUCUGGCAACAAAACCACUACAGUGAGCUUGAACUCUUUUGGUGUUUGAGGGGUUCCUUUAACUCUUUGUUCACUCCAAGUUUAAGCCAUGAAAUACAUCCCUCCUGUGCAGCCAGUAAGCACGCAUUUACAUUCUCAUCCCCCACCUCCCCAUUUCCAACUACAACACGAAAAAGCAAUUCAUUUAUUGACUUAAUAAAUUAUUGUGAUGACCCUUUUUCACUAUUACCAUUCACAUGUAACCUGAUUUAUGAUAAGAAUAUGAGAGAAUGGAUAUUCAGGAAUCACAUCCUACGUUUGCCAUGCACAAAGUAAUUUUGACAUACUUCAUUAUUUUAGGGCUGUGGGUACACUGGUCUUGAAUACAGGGACACUGGAUUUCAAAUACUAUAUGUAGGCACAUUAAUAUAUUGGGAGAAAUCUUACUUUGUGUAGGAAUUGUGAGAAAAUCUGAUAUUACAUUGCAUCCCAAUCAAAUGUUUUGCUGUAUUCCAUCAUUGUAGGUUGGUGAGAACAGAGAGUAGAUAUAUGCACACUUGCAAGGGUCUCAGACGUAUGUUGGCAAGAGAGCUGACUAGGUGGAAGGACACUAGGCACCACUAAGUUUUGAUUGCAACCCUAGUUUUGUGUAUUUAAUUUAGGUCAGUGGGAGCACGGUGUCAGACACAGUUCAGAAGAGGCCCAGUGGAGUGAGAUCUGCUCCAUGUGCCUCCACCCAGUCACAACUGUUAUUACUAUGCUUUUCUAUCAAGUCAUUCUAGCGUAUUUAAUCAUUGUUGGUCAGUGAAGAAGAAAUAAAGGGGCUAAAGGUAAACCUAGGACGGUGUCAGACAAGGGACAAGGGCACUUUGGAAAGAUAUUUAGCUGGAUAGAUACACUCAAGACUCAACAAAAUGUACAUUGCAUUGCUGUGGCAUAAUUCACAGUAUUUAAUAUUGUUUGCAGUAUUGUCCAAAAUGAAUCUCCAAGUCUAUUAGAAAUACUUGAUAGGAAUACAGUGUGGUACCUAAACUGCCUCCUCCCAGCCAGAUCUGGCUCCAGUAUGCCUAUGUCUCACCAUAAAGUGCUUGAACCCUCCCAGGUAAACCUACAUUCUCUAUAUUUCUUACCUAAAAUAUUUAAAUACAUUAAAAUAUUUAAUUGGAUGCACUGUGCCUCCACCCAGUCAGAACAAACAUCCAUGUACCUACAUCCAUCCAUACUUUUUCUCAGGUAAACUAGUAAACCCUAUCUUUGUUCGCACCUCUACAUUAAAUAAAUAUGCUGAAUACUUGGGAAUUCUGCCCCUGUAGUACCUCCGCAAAGUCUUAUCUCACUCCAGUAUGUCCCUCUUUCUCUGUACUGUGUCUGAAACAGUCUCAAAUGUAGCUAUAUCCACUGUGCUUGCUCAUACUGACUUGUAAUAAUUAAAUACGCUAAAAUACUUAGUAGUAUUGCAUCAUAAAUUCAAAGUGCCUCCAUAAAAAGUUACAUUACCAUAUGGUGUGCCCACGGAGUGUAUUUGACCCUACCUGGGUGUAACAAUUUGGGGCUGCACAGUGUGUAGGCUGGAUGGAACUAUAUAAGUUAAAAUGGGAAAUGACUGGCUGCAUGGAAAGGGUUAAUGUGGGGACUGCACAGAGUAGAAGAACGAUUGGCUGCACAGGAUGAGGUUACUGUCAGUAUGGGUUUAUAUACAGGGGAAUGGAUUGGGAUGUUAUAGGCAACAUGGAAAGUUUAUGGGAAAUGUACAGAGUUGACCAAAAUUUUACAGAAUGGAGCACAAGGAACACUUCAGGCACCAUAACCACUACAGUGUGCUUUAAUGGUUAUGGUGCUUGGAGUACAACAUACCCCCACCCCCAAUGUAAGGAGUUAAUAGGCGCAGUUCCUCAUGUAGGGGAAUCUAAAUUCCAGUAGGCAAACGCAUGCCUAUAGUGGGCGCGGCAACAUAAUGAUGAUUGGCACGCCGACCGGCACACCUACAGUGGGCGGACCUGUAGACUAGAGUACACCCACGGCAACCUCAGGGCUACGGUCCUGACUCCGCCCCAUUUUUUAAGCACAAGAAUUUUCAUCCGCCCACCGGCAAGGAUUGGAACAAGCCAACUCAUCGGUCCAUAUAAAAAACAGCACCAGGUUAGAGACGGGUUACUGCCUUUGAUAAAGGCGCUUUAGUAGCGCCGAAAUGCCUUUAAUCACAUCACGUUUUAUUUAUGUUGAGCACUUUAUGGGUGAGGGUUUACUUUUUUAUAAGGCUAGCGUUCUAAUGGUUUAAUAGGGACAGUCAGCGAGACAUCUAUUUAGCUUGAUUAACACUGAGCAGGGACGGCAGCAGGAUCUUCCUUAAGGCAUUUAGUUAAAGGACCACUAUAGGCACCCAGACCACUUCAGCUUAAUGAAGUGGUCUUUGUGCCAGGUCCAGCUAGGAUUAACCCUUUUUGCUGUAAACAUAGCAGUUUCAGAGAAAAUGCUAUGUUUACUUUAGGGUUAAUCCAGCCUCUAGUGGCUGUCUCAUUGAGAGCCGCUAGAGACGCUUCCGCGCUUCUCACUGUGAUUUUCACAGUGAGAAGAUGCCAGCAUCCAUAGGAAAGAGAAUGCUUUCCUAUGGACUGGCUGAAUGCGCGCACGGCUCUAGCCGUGCAUGCGCAUUCAGCCGAUGACGGAAGAAGAGGGAGGAGAGUCCCAGCGCUGGAAAAAAAAGGUAAGGGAUUAACCCCUUCCUCCCCCCUCAGCGCCACGGGAGUGGGACCCUGAGGGUGGGGGCACCCUCAGGGCACUAUAGGGGUCCUUUAAGAGAUAGAGCAAGUACUACUCGAUAUGUGACCAUUUUGGGAUUAGAUUCUGUCUGCUGAUGUAUGUAGCCCCUAGACUGGGUUCAUAGGGGAAUAGCAUUCUAGCCCUGAGACUCAGUGAUUGACUAGCAAAAGAGGCUCUACACUACAGCCUACUGUCUUGCACAAUUAGUCUGUUCCUAUAUUUAGAGGGGGUUACUCUGUUGCAAAAGUAUCCUGUCCACAUACUGGGACUACAGCUUUCUUUUUUUUUCACAAGAUCGUAUCCAGUGAACUAUUUGAUACAGAAGUAUCAGGGGAUUUGUUGUUUAUCACAAUCCACCAUUAUUAUUCAGUUACCCUUCCUCUUACUCUAUGCAGCCUAGACUAUCAUUAAAGGACUACUAUAGUGCCAGGAAAACAUACUCGUUUUCCUGGCACUAUAGUGCCCUGAGGGUACCCCACCCUCAGGGACCCCCUCCCGCCCGGCUCUGGAAGGGGGAAAGGAGUAAAAACUUACCUUUUUCCAGCGCUGGGCGGGGAGCUCUCCUCCUCCGAUUCUCCUCUUCUCCUCCCAUGUGGCUGAAUGCGCACGCGUGGCAAGAGCUGCGCGCGCAUGCAGCCGGUCACAUAGGAAAGCAUUAUCAAUGCUUUCCUAUGGACGCUUGCGUGCUCUUAUUGUGAUUUUCACAGUGAGAAGCAUGCAAGCGCCUCAAUGAGACAGCUGCUAGAGGAAUUGGAGGAAGGCUUAACCCAUUCAUAAACAUAGCAGUUUCUGAAACUGCUAUGUUUAUAAAAGAAUGGGUUAAGCCUAGCUGGACCAGGCAGCCAGACCACUUCAUUAAGCUGAAGUGGUCUGGGUGCCUAGAGUGGUCCUUUAAGACAUUUGAAGCCCUCUAGGUAAUCACGUUUUCAUUUCGUUCUGUUUAUUUUCACUGGAGUGUGAAAUUUCUUUUGUCUCGUCAUGAUUUUUCCUGCGCCAGGUGUGUAUAGGAACACCCUAAUGCAGAGCCAAAUUGGUCUUUCUGUGAACAUUUGUGUGAGUUUGGAUUAUCUGAUCAUGUUUUUGAAGAAAACCUCGGUGCAGACUUUAUCACUGAUGGAAAAUGUAUAUUUGGCACCUCUUUUCUUGUAUUUGUAUAUUUUUAAAUAAAAGCUUCAAUAGUAAUUUUAAAUGGGUGCACACCCUGUUGUGCUGUUUCUUAUUGUAGGGAAGCACAUCAGGAUGUCCCAAAUGUAUAUUAUCCCCUUAACACCGUAGGCACUGUAUCUGCUUCAUCUCAUUAAACUGGUUAUAGUGUAUGGAGUCCCCUGGUGCCAUCAUUUCUUUCAGCAUUAAACAGUUUUUAAUGUUUUAAUGCUAAACAAGAGACCACGGCAGUCCAUCCCCUCUGUGCUGCUUUGGCUAAUAAGGAAGUGUUACCCUGAGCAGCAAUGGGCAGCUGUGAUUGGCUGAGAGUGUCAGCUGACUGCUUUUAACCUGUCAGAGCUCCAACUGACGGUAUGAAUGGGUAUGACAACAAGGAAGUGUGUAAUCUCUGCCUUAGCUACACAUACAGAAGGGGCCGGACUGUGGGUGGCAAGGGACUCUUAUUUUGUGGCAUACUGCACAAACAUGGUGCAACACUGAAUGGAGGGACAGUGCCAGGGCACUCCAGGCACUAUAACCAAUUCAAAGAGACAAAGUGGAUAAAUGCGGUCAAGAUGACACUACUACCCAAACUACUCUUUGUGUUCCAAAUAGUACCGAUACAAGCCCCACAAACAUUCUUCAAGGCAUUGAAGUCAGAGGUCCGCACGUUUAUAUGGAAGGGCAGACCCCCAUGCAUAGCUUAUACCCAGCUAAUCCUACCCAAACUCCGAGGGGGCCUAGCGCUCCCCGAUUUUGAAAGAUACUACCACGCAGCACACCUUACACGAGUCAUCAGCUGGACGGUAGCCAGCGGCACAAAACCAUGGACCCAACUGGAAUCCGAUACCAUCAACUGUGACCUCCGGACACUGCCUUGGAUAUCCGCGGCGGCGUACAGGCGCAACCGCAUUACUAACCCCUUCGUGGCGGCAACCAUGAGGGUCUGGCACAGACAGGGCACAAAACACUACCUGACGACAGAUCCAGGCUCGCUGUUGCCACUCAGAGGCAACCCAGACUUCCCAGCAGGCGACCUUGGCCCCGCACCGGGCCCAGCAGGACACCCAACAAUUCCUCGCAUGGCAGACGUCCUUGUGCACCCGUUCGGCAUUCGGCCAUUAACAGAACUCUUCCCGGACAGACCACUCACUUUCUCACACACACUGGCGAGAGCGCAAAUCUCCCAAUAUGCCCGAUCCAUCCCACAAAAACCAUCCCUACUGAGGGAAACUACACAAUUCGAAAACCUGUGCACGCAAACCACAGAAACACCCCGAGCCAUCUCACAGGUAUACACAAUAUUGGUCACUAGUAGGUACAUAUUGGCACCGCCCUGCAUAAGGAACUGGGAAGAAGACCUAGACGAGACCAUGUCGGAAGCGGACUGGGACAAGUGCAUCACCCUAAUACAAAAAACACCAAGCUCAGCACGCCUGCAAGAAAACUCCUACAAGAUACUCACCAGAUGGUAUCUGACACCGACAGCGCUCCACGUCAGGAACCCAGGUAUACCAGACACCUGCUGGAGAUGCGGGGAGGAAACAGGCACGUUUCUACAUAUCUGGUGGGCAUGUGCACGUCUCCGACCCUUCUGGGACACAAUUAGAGAUAUAAUAUACGAAGUAACAGACGAGACGCUCCCGGGGUCCCCAGCCGCCUUUCUCCUCCAUCACACCAAAUGACCGCGCAGACAUACAUCAGAUCAGUAAUAACACGGUUGCUGAACGCAGCCAAAACAAUCAUCCCCAUCUACUGGAAGCAGGUAAACGCACCUCCGAUAACAUGGUGGCUGGAAGAGGUGGAAACCACCAGGAAAUUCGAAGAUAUAAAGGCAAACACUCCGAAACUUAGGGACCGAUACACCAAACGCUGGUUUCACUGGAUACGAUUAACCGCAUCAAAUGACUUUCAACGCCGGCUGGUCACACAGUAACCAGAAAGUAUGAGACAAGGAAGGCUGCGAUCGGGGACCGGGCGGGAGGUGGCGGACAGAGGCGGUGGCAGGGGACGGAAACACUCAUACCCCCCCAACACCCUCUCCCACCACCCCCCCUAUUUCAACCCCCAACCACACCCAUUAAACACACCUCGAAGGACAGACACAGUAGCAAAACAUAACCGAACGGCCUUAACAAGACACCCCCACACAACGAGACUGACAGGCGACACUACCAGAAUGAAGCAACCCUACACAGCGCCACAAGAAACUCAACCCUCAAUGGACCCAUUAACAGCCAAGACACAGAGUGGGGCAACACCGCAGACAGCACAGGAAGGAAAAAACACACAUGGGAGACACAGAACCAAAAGUUGGCCACGCCACAUACACACACACACACCUAACCGAAGCCCUUAAAAACAGACACAAAGGGGAACACCCAUCAGAACACGUACAGUGACAAACGCAGUGCACAAAUAGGCGCACGACAACAAUGGAACACCAAACUACAAAGCAACAGAUAUUCAGACGCACGUUUGUAAUCCUGAUGCUAUAGUGUUCCUUUAAAUGACGAUGGGCCACUGUGCAUUUUAAUUAUACUAACUAUUUGUAAAUGGGGACUCUCGUGAUAUAUUUUGAGCUUUAUUGAAGUGCCAUUUUUUCACCAUUUUCCUUAAAGUGUGUGGUAUCAAAAGGGAACUAUAGUGCCCCCCUAUGUGGUGUUAAAAAAACAAACAAACAAACAAAAAAAACCUUCUGACACUUAGCGUCCAAUAUCCCUCGGCACUGGCUUGGGUGCCGCCUCUGCUCCUAAUACACACAUCAACCAUCAGGCGACCAAAAGUCGCCUAACGACCCAGAAGUCCCUCUAGUGGCUGUUAACACCAGCAGGUGUUUCUCCAAAACUGCAAUAAUUACCUUUUGCAGGGUUAAGUGACCUGAGACAUAACAUUAGUGUUUUCAAUGAAACAAAAGCAUUAUUGUGCCCACUCGCGCACAUCGUGUGCCCAUUCCCUGACAUUGUCGGCCGUAAAGGAGUCUGCCUUGGCAUAGGCAUCGUCCACCAAGUACAUGAUGCGGGAAAGGGGGCCUACGGAGUCUAGUAGAUUGUCUUGAACACCCACAGACCUUUUUCCACUCUGCGUCAUGAACAUAGUCAUAAUCUUGUCGAACUCAGGGGUUUGAGCCACCUUGUCUGGAAGGGAAGGGCGUGGGCAUUCCGACCUCAGUCGGCUACGUACCUCUUUGUCCAGAGGCUUGUGGAGCCACAGGUGCAUGAACCUGGAGAGGUGCUCCGGGUUACCAGUCCCCUGACCUGGGAUGGCGUAGGUUGCGAGGGUCAAACAGAAUGGUGUCUGAGUCAAGAGGGAGGUCUGCAUCCGCAGGAUCCUCGCUCCUCUCCGUCUGUGCCUCACCCAGGAGGGUCUCCCGCAUGAAAGCGGAGAUAGACUUGUCGUCCAAACCCCAAGCGUCAUAGUCCGAGUUGGAUAGGUCUGCUUGCCACUCGUCCAGAACUGACAUGGAGUGUAACAAUGCUUGGUCUUCUUCAGAAGAGUGGUCCUGAUGUGGGGCCGGGGUACUGAAUUUGGAAGAUUUAGUAUGUUAGGUAGGCGCCUUUCCCUUGGAUGGCUUAGAUGUAGCACCCUCGCCUUUCCAGUGGCGUUUACGUGGGCGUGAAUCCUCCCUGGUAUGGUAGUCUGAGAGAUCGGAGUCAGACUCGUAGUGAGGGCGUCUGCGGGACGGUUUGGGUAAAUCGGGAGCCGCAGCUCGCACUUUGGAAAGUGCAUUCUCCACAGAAGCAGCGACAGCUGCAUUAAUCAUAGCUUGUCCACAGGGGUAUUCUGGGAGUCUUCCAUGGUAUAGGUUAGGCCUGUGAUACAAGUCACAGAUAGGCACUAUAGUAAUGGCACCCAGGUCUUAGGUAUAGGUAGUGUGGCGUGGGAUCAGCUAAUGUAGUGGUUAUGGUAGAUGAUAAUAAAUCCGUCCAAUAAAACCCCAGCAAGGUAUAGUUGGUGACCUUAUUAAAACUGGGACUCACCCAGUUGGCGAGAACUGCAAAAGCUAGUCUUCCAAUAAGCAGCACUGUACUUAUGUACAUAUAAUGGGGGCUCACCCCGGUUGCACAGGGAUUGGAACCCUUAAGUGCAGGUCACAAUUGUAUAAAGGCAGCAGCACUGACCUGACUGACCCAGCCAAUGAAUGCAGGAAGCUUCAGUGAAUGUAACAGGCACAGGGGCACCAAGGUAGGGCUGUAAGAAUAGGCUUCUUCACAGGGAGAGAAGGGACAUCCAGAGAGGGUGGAGAACCCGUUCGCGGCACACACGCAGCAAAAUUAAGAUGGCCGCCCGGAUCUCACGAGAUGCGCGAUCCAAGAUGGCCGCCGCGUGUAGGCCGCAAAGCCGGGGACUAAAUUAUGACCAGGUGGCGGGAGGAAGGGGCCGGCAUGACCGGAGCCUCGAAUGAUCGCGGCCGGUAACAGGGGCCCAGAGAAGGUAAUCCCUUUAUCCCAGAGGCAGUGGGGGAUGAAAACCAGGUUCCUAGGGGUGAAUAAGGGGUAAGGGAAGGGAGGGAAUCCCCUAUGACUGCUGGCCAAAUAAGCACAAUGCUUCUAAGAGCAGUAAUAGAAACUGGCAAUGUAAGUACACAAUAAACUUAUACAAUAAAAUGAAAAUAACAGAGAGAAUACACAAAGGUAUAAGGCUCUGGGGGAGCCAAAAGUCUGACCUGUCUGCGAUGGAGCAGUAAAGAAAGAGGAAGUGUCCAGGCAGCAUGACCCUUAUACACUAUGCUGCCCAUUGAUUUACUGUUGUUCUUUAAGUUUUCUUUACUGCUAUGGAGUUUAGUAAAGAGAUGCAAAAUAGUAAGCCUCCUGUCGUGUUCUAAAAUUCAGAAUCGGCGGAGCCAAGCUAUAGAACUGAACAGUCACAAGCCUGCCGAGCUCCGUGCACAAAGGCCUAAUAACUACGUUUUCAGCUACACCAACCCCAAGCAAUUAGACCCUCUUCUAGACCCCCAGGCUCCUGACAACAAUAUGGGUCGAAAAAACAAAAAACAAAGGCCUGACAAGCCGAAACAGGGCAUGAGUAUAGGCGACCUAUGGCGGCAGGCACGUGGAGACUCGCUACCCAAAAUGGCCGCUUACAUGGGAGAGAGCUCGGACAUUUCAUACGACCAAACCCUGGAGCCGGGAGACCUCCACCUGCCUGCACCGCGGGAACUGAACCCGAAACCGGCACCAACAACCUCCAAACCGGACUCAGCACUGGUCACUAAGGCAGACAUGCAGGAACUGCUGGCAGGACUAUGGAGGGACCUCCAAGCGGACAUGGCAACAUUCCGCAAAGACCUGCAAGGCCUGACCGGCCGCAUGGGAACCCUGGAAAGCGACUCACGCAACACAAAGGCACAAGUCACCAACCUACACAAAGAAAUUGCAACGCUCCAGCACCAGCAAUUAGCCACUGAACGGCGGUUUGCUGCUCUGGAAGACUUUAGACGCAGCAACAAUAUCAAGAUAAGAGGGGUUGCAGAUACUGUACCUGAUGUGGAACUACCACAUUUCGUGAGAAGGCUCCUAGCAACUAUACUAACCCCCAAACAGGCAAAAGCGGUGGUAAUUGAGCGCAUGUUUUGGGUCCUGAAACCAACAAAGGCAUCUGCCAUGGCUCCAUGAGAUCUGAUAGUGCGCUUCCAAACGGAACACGACAAAGCUAUGAUAAUGGGAGCGCUCAAGGGGAAAGCUCCAUAUAACUUCAAAAACUCAGUCCUCACCUUCUAUCCGGACUUGUCGGGGAGCACUCUGGCAUGGCACAAAACCCUGCAGCCCUUUACGACACUCCUCCGCGAAAGAGACAUCCGCUACAGAUGGAAAGGACCCCACAUCCUGGCGGUCCUACAUGGCAGCACCUCAUACGCGGUCCACGACAUUGAAGAAGCUAAGGCUGUCCUAGAGACUCUAGGCCUCCCACAGGAUGCUCUCCUCAGCAAAAGGCCGGGAACAACGACCACAACGCACACCUGGGAUCCGGCUGGCACAGCCCCAUUCGAGCCACGAAGGCCCAACGUGGACACAUAUAAGCAGCCACCACUUGAAACCGGGACACUGAUCUCCUUGGAAAGCCCUAAGCCAGAAUUGACCUUCUGACCACAUGAGGUUACAUUAGAUUAUGUCUCACAUAUGUUAUAGUCUAUACUUUACAUUUCUGACCCCAUCAUUAGUCCGACACACACCAGGACACCCCUUUCUCAAACAGCGACACUUAGACUCUUUUUAAAAAAAAACAUGAACCGUGAGGUAUAACAUGUUAACAGUCUACUUUGCCAGGUACACGGCCUACCACUAGUCAGGAAGACUUACAAUAACCUCCUUAACACUAGACAUACACCUCUUAAAUUGCAAAGCUUUUCAUCUAGUCUACUAUGUCAGCAAACCCCAAGGCGAACACACUUGCUUUAGAUACACAGGCAUGUAACUGUCCUUAACCUUAAUGCAGAAUUGUUGGACUGAUGUUCUUAUAUGUUUGUAUUUUUUUUUUUUCUCUUUUCUCUCAAUAACGUUUUACUCAAAGUCAAGCUUAAUUAAUAUAAAAUUGUGCAGUCUCACUCAAUGCCAUAUCUCUGUUAGCCAAGACUGGCCGGUAUUUGCUGUUGUGGCAUCACUGGCGUGUAUGUAACAAUCUACCUGCACUCAAAAAUAAAGAAUUAAAAAAAAAUUCAGAAUCCCUCUCUUCCUUUCUCCUCCAUUCUGUAUUUUAUACUCCUUCCUUAGAAGCUAUAUCUACUGGCCACUCUCUGACACCUGUUGCUCCAUGUGCAGUGUCUCCCUCAAUCUGCUUGCAUUAUAUAGUACAGGCUGUGUUUUCUGGUUUGAUAACAAGGAAUCCUAAAAAACAUACUCCCUCACUGCAAAUAUUUACGUUGUAAGCAGUCUGUCCAUUUUAGAAUGGUUUGACUUCUUACCUGUAUUCUGCAUGGAACCACUACCUGUAGCCUGGAGCUCAAAGCUCUCUGUGUGAGCUUAGCUGUGCAUUGCAGGAAGAAGCUAAGCGCACUGUCGUCAUAAUGGUGCUUGGAGUGUUCUUUUAAGUUUCUCGGUCUCAUAUUUUGAGCUGGCCACCUGAUAUACAUAACUAUAAUAGUGCAAUAUAUGAAAUGUAAUGAUGGGUAUAUUGUAUAUGAAUCUAGUGAGGAGCUGGGGCUGUUUUCCUGUUUCCUCAUUGUAUUUGGGCUUCGUAGUUGGUGAUAAAGCCUGAGGAGUAAUUUUAACCUGGACCUACAUGGAUUUUAUUUUUCCAAUACUUGGGAAUCUCAUAUAUAAUACAUAUUGUUGUAAAUAUAGAUUUUUAUAAUGUACAUCAAAUGUCUUCUUACACUUUGAAAUGCAGGGAUGUGUUGGUAAAAAAAAGCAUCUUGCAUUUAGUAUGUUCAUAUAUAAAUCUACAUCCUGAAGAUUUCAUAUUGCCUAAAAUUUGGAAAUCCCUUGUCACAUCUCCACAGUCUUGACUUUAUUGAAUAAGAUUUGUAGUGUUAUUGUCUCAUCCAGACACUUGUGCAGUAACGAGAUUUGAAGAUCCCUGUCAUAAGCCUUUUUCCCGCCCCCCUCUCUUUCUUUCUUGUGUGCGCCACACAUUUAUUAUUUCUUUUCCCAUAAAACCAGGACUUGGCAUCAUAUACCAGUGUUUUGCCCUGAGGAUUAGCUGCAGAACUGAAUCCUCUGGCAGAACACAUUGAUCGUAUUGAAAUUAUAAAGUGUGGGUCUGGCUGAGAAUACUGCUUCAUUUUUGUCUUUUUCUUUUGAUUGAAUCUUCCCCCCCCCCCCUCGAUGUAUGUGUGUGUGUGUGUGUGUGUGUGUGUGUAUAUAUGUAUAUUUGUGUAUGUGUGUGUUUGUGUAUAUAUAUAUAUAUAUAUAUAGACAAAAUGUUUAAAAUGACAAAUUUUAACCAAUGUGAAUUGUACUGCAGUGAGUCAAGAUGCAUCUGCCGUCAUUCUGUUGCAGCAGUCAGUUUGUGUAGUAUAUGACCAGAAUAUGGCACAAGUCCAGAAACUGCUAAAGGAUCACAAACAGAUGGUACAGGAAUUAUAUACCCAUAUUUAAUGCAGACACAUUAUCAACACCUUCUCUAGAAUGCGCAUCUUUUUUCUGAAAAAUGACUUGGCCCCUGUGAAACAUAUCGUACCACUGUCUGCACUAAAUGAAAUGGGCACAUAAAUCGUGCACCAUCUGUAUGACAUCGCCAUGAACAUCACAGACACAAAGCAUCCUCAAUUCUGUGGAUGUGAAAAACGCCAGACAGAUCUACAUUUUUCAGUACAAAAUCAAUUGUGGAGUUUUCUUUUUGUCUUCUAAAACUGUGUUCCAUUAAUAAUUUAUGGGAACAGGUAUUUGUGCCUCAGUAGGAGCACUAGUUUAGUCUAUUUGGUAGAUGUUCAGUUGCUCAGCAGAUAUGCAUUAUUCAUUAAUUUUCUUUUUUCUUAUCGUUUUAGACCACCUUAACCCAUGACAACGCCAAGCAUCCUUUGUUUGGUCAGACGGCAGCUGUCUUGGAAAGCAUGGAUUCCAGGGAGGGAGAUUAGGUUUCUUCAUCCAUUGAAUGUUGCAAUAUUAUCCCAGGCAGCAGAAAAGAAAAAUGCUGCCUUUGAUCUCAUAGACCUCAAGGAGACCGACUUAGAGGAGCAGUUUGUCAGGGGACAUGGCCCAGGAGGGCAAGCCACCAAUAAAACCAGUAACUGUGUUGUACUGAAGCAUAUUCCUUCUGGAAUUGUAGUGAAAGUAAGUUCAUGUAUUACUAGACUAAACAAAAAGCUUUCAGACUGCUUAACAUGUUCACUGCCAGACUGGAUUAGAGCUCCACAGAUAUCCCCAUUUACUUGCACAUAUUCAUUAAAUAUAUAUGCACAAACAAGCACAUGACCAAUCACUCAUACAUACAAAUACAUACAUUUUGCAAUUAAAACAAUCAUUGUACGCACCAUGUUGCUGUAGUGGUUAUGUGCCCUGGUCCUGUUUUAAAGCAUUUGAUCAGUUUGACACAAUAACAGGGUCUCUCAGGUGCCUGUGGUAUGCCCCUCACUUGUCACAAUAAAAGUAUAACAUUUUGUCCAUAUCUGAACAGCAUUCAUUGACCGAGCUUGUCAUAGAUAUACGCUCUAAUCUCAUUUCAAUGCUUGUGUGUAAUCGGAAACAAAGUAAUAUGUAUUAUUGUCCCCCAGUGUCACCAGACCAGAUCCGUGGAGGUAAAUAGGAAAAAAGCACGAGAUAUACUGCAGGAGAAAAUAGAUGUUUUCUACAAAGGAGAAAAUAGUGAUAUCCUCAAACAUCGGGAUGAGGCAGAGAGAAGGAAGCAAGAAAAAAGGAAAAAGGCAAACGAAAUUUUGGAAAAGAAGAAACUCCUGAAGGAAAUACAAAUUUCAGGAGACAAGAACUAAAGCUGAAUGAUGUAGCCAGAGGGGUUGACCUACUAAUUGUUGAUGUGGUUUAGUUUAUAACAACGCAGAAAUAAUAAAUCCUGUGAUGUUAACUUUGGCAUGGUUUACCAAAGUUUUGCUACAUUAGCCUUUAUCAUAUAACAGUGAGUGGACAUUUCAUAGAUUGAAGACUCUCACACACAGUGCUGAAACUUGAAACACACCGGUUUCUACUGUAAUAUGUAAAUUAAGAAAUUUUAUUUUAUUCAAUAAAGUUAAUAUGAAAAUCUGCAA